AUGAAAUAGCAAUCAAUGCAUAAUAAUACAAGUCUGCCCUGCUAAUUUUUUAAGGUAUACUUUAAAAUUCAUUAUCACACACAAUUCAACUAUGCAUUAUAUAUAGUUGGAGAUAAUAAAUAGUUAGGUAAUUGGAAUCCAGUAAAAGGAAUGCGCUUAUAGUGGAAUGAAGUAAAAAAUGAUUUAAUAUAUUAUAAGAAUGAUGAGUGGAGUAUUUGUAUUAAAAUUGAUAGAUCUCAAUCAUAAAAGAUUGAAUAUAAAUUUAUAGUGAAUAGAUUCAAAAAUCCGAGUUUAUAAGAUACUAUUUGGGAACCAGGAGAAAAUAGAGUAAUCACUACCCAUAUGAUUGAAAAUGAAACUAAAUCUGAAUAUUUUAAUUGUAUUUUCAAUAAUGAAAUAUAAAAGGUGAAUAUUGGGGCUACAGAACAAUAAAAUUAAAAUUAAAUUACAAUUUAACUUAAAAAUAAAGAAUGAUGGUUAUUGGAUCUAUUGAGUAAUUAGGUUAAUGGAGUCAUCCAGUAGUGAUGAAAUGUUAAUAAAAAAUAGAUAUAUGUAUUUGAUAUUCUCUAUUUAAGUAAAUGGAGAACCUAUUUAAUAAUGGUCUAUUUCUUUUAUUGUAGAUCCUAUGAAUUUUUCAUUUAGAUACUUUUAUGUAAUUAGAAAUGAAGAAAAUGGAUCUAUGAUAUGGGAGAGAGGAAAUGGAAGAUAUCUAAAAUCUAGUGAUUUAAGAUCAUUUAGAUAAGUCUAAAAUACAUAUUCUAAAUCUCCUAUUAAAAUUAAAACUAAAUUGUUAGCUGCAUGUUAAAAUUAUAGGUAAUAAUAAUAAUUUAAAAAUGGAUCUUUUUAAACUGAUAAACAAUUGAAAAUUAAUAAAGAAACUAAUAUUGGUUAUUCAUUUUCUGAUAAAGAACCUUCAUUCUUUUACUAUGAAUCUUUUGGAAGACUUAAUAAAUUAGAUUGGAAUUUUGUAGUUUAAUUUGCUAUUAAUCAAAUCAAUGAAAAUAUUUUUAUUGGACCCUAUCCUUAAAAUGAAUAAGAUAUUAUUGUAUUAAAAUCAUAAGGAAUUAAAGCUGUUUUAAAUCUAUAAACAAGAUUAGAUAUUUAUCAUAGAGGUGUAGAUUGGGAUGAAAUAUAAAAUAGCUAUAAAAAAAAUGAAAUUAUAAUGAAGAAUUUUGAAAUCUUUGAUAUGGAUCCAAUAGAUUUUGAAAAAAAAGCUUUCAAAGCAGUUUAAAUAUUGAAAAAAUUAAUCAAUAAUUAUGAAUUUGUAUAUGUUCAUUGUACAUCUGGAAUAGGAAGAGCACCUUCUCUUGUUGUAUUAUAUUUAUCAACUGUAUUAUAACUACCAUUAAAUGAAGCAAUCUCAUUUGUCAAAAGUAAAAGAGAGCAUUUCUAUAUAAAUCAUAGUAAUUUUAAUAAAUUUAUCAUAGGUAUGUUAAAAAAGUCAUUAUAAAAAACUUCAAUGUUUAAUAAUGGUGAGGGAUAUGAAGAAAAUUUUAAAAUAAAUCAAUUUUAAAUUGGUAGUCUAACCAAAAUUUAUGAAUAGAAAUUUGAUUAAAAAUUACUUUUUUGA